AUGCGAUUCCGGGAGGAGCUGGAAGAGCUUCGCUUCUCGAAUACCAACAAUGAAGAUCAUUGUUUCUUCCCAGAAGACUCCCUGCUCAAGCUUUUCUCGGAACAGAGAAUGAAGGAUGUUCUAAAAGAUCUUGCGAUCCCACGGCACGAGGUCCCCGAUCUCGCAAGCAGUAUAUUAAAGGGUGCUCAAAGGUGCUUCACGAUAUUGAUUUUGAUCGAUCAUGGCGAGGAAAUCCCAAGUUUCUUCCGACACGAUUCGCUUCAACAAUCCUACCCUGAUCAUCAUUUGCCAUAUAAAGAAGAAAUUUUGGAAGAUAUCCUAGGGGUGGAUAAAACUUCCCUUUUGGUAAAACGUUUUGUUGAGAAGCAAUGGGAGGUGACUGUGCCUGUCCUGCAUCAACAUGCCGUGUUUCGUAAGCUGGACAAGAAAAUCAUCAUGCCAUUUCUUUCUGAAGAGAAGGCAGGGCAAGGAUCUAUGGGUUCAGUUGCCAGAAAGGAAAUUUCCUGUGAACAUGCCGACAGCAUGUCUGUCUUUGAAAAAGAAUUAGACUGUAUAUCCAUGCUCACCCAUCUUCAACAUCCCAACAUGGUUAAGCUGUAUUGCUCCUACAUUUACCGAAAGCGACACAACCUCAUUUUCUCCGUUGCACAGGGAGGCUCGUUGGCCGACUUUCUUGUCGGAAAGGGACGAAGCUCAAGUCAACUCAGUGGAUCCGAGCUCACCUUUGCACUGGCAGAUUUGGCCUCUGCUCUUGCCGCUCUACACAAUUUCAAGUCACAGGCAUUAGACCAGAACCUCUCAGGCUGUCACCAUGAUCUCGCGCCUAGAAAUAUUCUUAUUCAUGAUAAGACCUUUCUCCUAGCUGAUUUCGGGCUAUCCACUCUCAAAAAUCCCGACGACGACUCUCUCACUGCAUUUAAGGAGGUUCGGGGCUCAUACGUGGCGCCUGAAUGCCAGAAGGUCCAAGAUGGCACGAUUCAGUCUUCAAAGGCUAGUAGGGCAAGUGAUAUCUGGUCAUUUGGUUGUAUAAUAUCCGAAGUCCUAACGUUUAUGCUCCGGGGGCCAGCCGGGGUUUUGCAAUUUCAGAAACAAAGGAAAGUCAGCAUCACAAGUGAUAUCCAAUGGCUUCGGUUCCAUCUGGGCCCUGAGACUGAGAAUCCAAAUGUGAAAUCAUGGUUGGAGGGACUUCAGAGCGAAGCCUGUGGGCCUUUCCAUACCCGCAUGGUUGAUCUAAUCAUUCAGAUGCUACAUCUAGACCCACGCAAGCGCCCAGGUUCCAAGAAAGUCCAUGAAGUCCUUUGCUGCAUAUCAGUGUUGGAUCUCGCCGACACUGUGGGGAAGCUUCUUGGGCGUGUUUCGACUGCAAGUUCCCAAAAUCUCGAUCAGUGUUUAGACCAAAUGCGGUAUGCGGGCUGGCUCUUUGCUUUCAAUCAGAUGGUUGAUACAUGCAUGAGCCCAGUUGGUUACGCAAAUUCUGAAGACGUUAGCUUCGACUAUAAGGAAACACUUGAAGCCCUCCGAGAAACUUCAGACAUCUUUGGUCCAGGCCCUGAUGGUAGAUUUGGAACCAACUCGCACCGACAGUCAUCAUUGUUUCGGUACCAGCAUGCUCGUCUCAUCGAGGCCCUUCCAGCACAAUACCGCUCCCUGGCCAAGGAGCAACUGGAAAGAUUGCUUCUGGGGUAUCGCGAGCCCAGCAUCCUGGAGGCCCUCUCGAUAGCCAUUACCGAGGCUGGAAAUGAUGACAUCGGGAUCUUGAUAGCCGCCAAACGACUGACGGCUCUUUCUAAAGCCGGCCUUCUUACCGAGCACAAACAUCUGAUACUCGACUCAAAUGAUGUUAAAUACCAAAAGAGUGUAGACAUACACGACUUCUCAAUAAUGAAGUCUGGCUCCAAGCACGUACUGGUGGAGUGGUUGAAAUAUCAGGGAGCAUGGGCUGACGAGGUCGACGGGGAGGUACUACUACGUCGGCUGAGCGCGGUGGUGAACCUCCUUCACCAACAUACGCUCUCCAAAAUUCCCGGAGCCUUGCCUUGCCUUGGUCUAUUCCAUGACUCGUCUAACAGAGCGUUUGGUGUUGUUUACGAGCCGCCACCACUCACAACAAAUGCAGUUACGCUCCGGUGGAUUCUCACCGCAGGUCGUCAGUACCAGCCCUCUCUUGGUGACCGCUUCAAUAUGGCCAGAGAGAUCUGUCAAAGCAUUCACACAUUUCAUAAGAUAGGCUGGCUACAUCGAAAUAUCCACUCGUCUAAUAUCAUCUUCUUCCCCACAGAUGAUGCCAACCAGUCUGAAUGGGCAAAAGGUCCCCGGAUAUUCGGGUUUGCAGCCAGCCGAGAGAGCAAAAUAGAAUCAAUCACUUUUGGACCUGCAGAUGGCGGUGAGCUAAGCAAGUAUCAGCACCCAACCUAUCUAGACACUGAUACCCGAUAUCGAGAGGAGUUUGACUAUUACUCUAUUGGGUUGCUCCUGUUGGAAAUUGGUCUGUGGAAUACAGUAGCCGCGCUCACGGAUUCCAAGACCUUCAAGGACGUCACGAACAAGGGGUUUAGGGACAUGAUUGUUGAGCGAAGGGUUCCCCAGCUUGGAAUAUCUAUGGGAAAACGCUACAUGGAGGCCACUCGAGCGUGUCUCCAGGGAGGAUUUGCCGAAAACCCGGAUGAUGUGCACAGUACAGAAUCAUCGUGGCACUCAUCUUUCAAGGCCUCGGUUAUAGAUAGGAUUCCUCAAAUAGAUUAG